AGUAUAUAUUGAUUACAGAUCUGAGAUAAUCGGGACGGGUAUAAAAGAGGGCGCCGGUGAUCGAUCAGGUUAGAGAUCCGCAUAAUGAAGUGCCUGACGCUAUUGGCGCUAUUGUUCCUGGCGACGUUGGCCUACGCCCAAGCCGGAAAGGUCACCAUCAAGGGGGAGUGUGUUAACUGUUCCCACGGACAGACCACCACCACUACCACCCACAAACCUUCAUCCAAGGGCAUCGCGAAUGGCGGCAGGGCCACUGCCAAACCCAAAUCCAAAUCCCCCUCGCCCCGCAGACCAACUUCAUCGGAGGAGGGUGAUGACGACCUUGCCGGCGGCUGGUCGCUGCAUCAAACAGCUGGAGGAUCUCAGUAUAUAGGCAGGCGCUCGAAGCGCCAGUGGGGCGGUCAGUACAUCGAUCUGGGUGGAUCCGGUGGAAGAGGAGCAGGCGGAGGAGGUGGCUGGUCAGGAGGUGGCGUCACCACCAUCGAUUCACGUGGCUAUCCCGGCGGAACCUUAGUGCGCAACAGCGAUUGCGUCGGAUGUAAUAUUCGCGGCUAAUAAUACAGAACAUUACUUUCAAAAUCAAUAAAAAAAAAUUAAAAGUAAAAAUAAUGUA